AAAGCACCAAACCCAUAAUCUUAUAUACACUUCCAAUAAAAUAACAAAACCUCUUCAUCACCUUAAAGAACAACAAAAAAGAAAGUUGGUGUCAAUGGAUGGCUUGAUACCAAUGGCGUUAAGGGCCAUGAAGAAGAACCUAACUCGCCGCCGUUACGAGUGUCUCUCCUCCACCUCCUCCACAACUCAUCGUGACUCUUACAUCUUCGUUUCAGAUAUUGAAACGAACGUAGAAGGUCACCAUCGCCGUCGCUGGUCCAUGGGAGAAUUCUCAUCGUUAUCAAACCGAGAAACGAAAGGAAGCAGCGGUGGAGCAAGGGAGAAGAGUUUUUCACCGCCACGUGAAGGUCAACUCGUGAGAUACAAGAGCCAUCGUUUGUUUUCUUGCAUCUCAGGUCAAUAAUAUUAUUUUCAAGAAAAUAGGAAACUCGAACUCUCUUUUUAGCGUGUUUGUUGGUUUAUAACUUUAUAUUACAAAGAUGUGUGCUAUUGUUCAUGUACAUAUUCGUUAUCUUGUGAUGAUCUUUUGAUGUCGUAAACUUUACGAUACAAAAUAGGGGUUGUUGUGAAAAUGUAUAAAUUAUGGGGCUUCAACGAGAAAACAAUAACUUGUAGGGGUCAAAUGUCGAAAUAAAUAUAGUUCCG